AUGGAGCAAGUAUCGCAGUGGCAGCUAUUCAAUACAUCUUGGACACUCCACCGUCUGUCGCCUCUUCACCAUGGUAAAGACUUUGAGACCCUUCUCGACAACCCGGCCGCCUUGCAAACAUAUGCAACGCGAUUGCGCGAUCAACUUACUGGCGAUAUUCUCGCUGGACUCCAUGCCAGCGCAACCAUAGCAGAAGACGACGCGUUAUCCAAGACAGGUGCACUGAAGCAAUGUCUUUGGCAGUCCAUCUCCACUGGUGGGCAGGCAAGACGCGCCGGUCCUUCAUUUCCAGGAAUUCUGGUGACUCUGGAAUAUGAGAAUAUCACCUAUAAAGCCGCCCUUCUGGCCGAGGCAGGGUUAGAGAAUCAGCGCGAGGGUUCCACUUUCCUCCCUCUACUAUUGACCAAGUUCCCAAAUGCACUGCGACAAACCUUCAUAUCGUUUCUCUCUGCCAAUUUCGACACCUACUGCUCGAAUCUUCGUCUUCCAUCAGCCUUCAUCUGCAAGGGUCUUGAAAAGUUUGUCAAUGAGCUACGCAAUAGUCGAGGACCUUCCGGGCGCUCGGCUGCGAAUGAGACAAUCGAAGAAGGGAUCAAAGAAUUGCAACUGACACUCGCAUUCUCACCCUCCAUCGCACCGGCUUUGCGAACACUCAAUAUUAGCAUAUCUAGAGCAUCUCUGAUAGAAUUUCUCCGUGAUGAAGCUCCACAGUCGAAGCGCACGCUCAAACAGGAGUUGCGCAGUCCCCUAGUCGGAAAUCUUGCUGCUUAUCUCGAAACGCACCUGGCAAUGCAGCUGGAUCUUGAUGGUUCAUCGCCAAAGCAGGCUUCCAGGAAGCACGUCCGUUUAUCGAAAAUCGCAUGUGCUGCAUUUGUCUUGGGAGGUGAAGGGCGCAUGAAAUUAGUUGUUGCUGUACCAGCGGCAGAUGACCAGCCGGAUGAUGCGCGCGGGCAAAACUCGCCGGCUCUACACGCCAGUGAAAUGCUGCUUGAGAUGGUCGUGCGCAGGGCUAUCAUUGGCAAUGAGACAACUACAUGA